CAAAUGUUCCAGGGCAUUUACUCAGCUCUAAUCCAUUGAAAUCGUUCGAGAAUGUCGUUUAUUCGAAAUUGGCUAGACUCGCAGAAUGGCUGGACCCCACUAAAUCGAAAUAUCAGUGAAAUGAAGGGACUAAAUAGUUGCUUUUACUUCUUCGGCCUGAAAACGGGCUGCAAGUUGAUAGCCGUUUUCGAGGCCCUGGUCAAUGUGCUGCAAGUGUGCAGCUUCUUUAUGGCCGAGAUGGAGGUUAAGACUACGACUCAGUUGUCUCCGGAUUCGCUGAUGGUCACCAGGGAACCAGACGGGGAUAUGUUCGGAACGAACACCAUGAUGCCCAUUUUCGAGGCGAAUGUAUAUUUCAGCAGAGCCCUCAGCUCCUUGACUGUGUUCAGGUCUUUACUGCUCUUUAUAGGCGCCGAGUGGAGUCACAUAUCCUGUCUAGUCCUGUGGCUUUGCAUUACUGUCAUAACCACGAUGAUUGAUACUAUCGUUGAUAUUUUGCAAAACUGCGAUUUGCUAAACAUGUUCUUUCGUACCAUUUCCAUUUUUCUCGAAAUCUAUUUCUGCGCAGUGGUUGCCUCUUUGGUUUUAAAAUUGCAGGAUAAACUUCGCCGUAAUGUUCAGGAAACGGAAGUGCUUUUCACACAGAGCGAGGAAGCUUAGUAAUUACAAGAUAAUUUAAUUACUUUAAGUACUAUAUCAUGGUCAUACUUAUAAUGUUAUAUUUUAAAAGCAAGACCACCUAAACAUUUAAAAGGAAAUAAACAAUUCACUCGAGUAUGAU